AUGGUAAUAGCUCGAGGUUAUGUGGACACAAAGAUUAACUCAGUCGAACAAUCUCCAGCUGUGUUAAAAUUGCCAACUCGUUCGCCAAUGAUACGAAGGUUGAAGUCGUCUAUGAAAUUAUCAAAAUCUCACUCUACGCCAUCGGUGACGACUACUUCCUCCUCGUCUUCAUCUCAAAAAAAUGUGCGCUUUGCGGCCGAACUGACCACUGUGAAAAAGUUCGAUUCUUCAGCUGAACCGAUCUCGAUUUCUAAUGAGAAUUCCCCUAAAUUUUACCCGAUAUCUGAUUCUGAUUUGCAAUAUAACUUGGGUUAUCCAGAGACGCUCUACGGCAAUGCAGAUGAUUGUUGCGUGGCAGAAGAUGGGUUUUGGUUCAAUGAGUCGUCUUUAGUGCCGACUCUGCGAGGGCUUAAUGACGUCAAGAGACUUAAGAGAAUUAAUAGAAAAAGUUUGGCGGGAUCGAAAUUUCAAUUGGACUAUGAUUCGGACAGUGGGAUCGACGACGAUGAUGAGUUCGAUGAUGAUGUCUUUGAAGAGACCCAUGAAUGGCCUCGACAGGUCACAGGUAAUGGGUUGUCUUCGGAUAGUAAAUUAGAGGUUAUUGAUUGGAGAUUGACAAAGACCAACAUUUCCCCUAUGAGACCAGUUUGGAAUCCUUUCUUGCUCGCCAGCAACCAAAAAGCUGGUGAGAACGAUCUCGAAAGCCAGAUUUUCGAUUAUUUACAGGGAUCGAAUAUCCGACUGCACUCGUUAAAACAAUCAACCACCGAGUUUGGCAAGAUAAUUGGAUUAAUUUAUGUUAACAAUUUGAAUUUCGAAAAAUUCAUAGAGAUAAAAUUAACUUUCAACCGGUGGAAGGAUAUGCAUUAUAUUCCAGCCAAUUUUUCAAGGUCAAUCACAGAUAAAAUUGAUGAGUUCAGGUUUGUGAUCGAUUUGAACAGUUUGAAAUAUUCUUUGCAAGUCAAGAAUUUGAUCUAUGCUAUGCCAGAUUCAACGACCAGCGUGUGCCGAUUAAACGUUGAGCUGUGUUGUCGAUACGAUGUCAACAAUGAAACGUUCUACGAUAACAACAAUUAUGAGAACUAUCAGAUACAAUUGGCAGCCACAGUUAGAAAUACAGCGGCUCAAGUGACACCAUCAACAGUAAAGGAAAAUCCAUCAUCGAACAUUCAUGAUACGAAUCCAUCACAAACGAAUUCCUUUGCGCGAGAUUUCUUAGUGUCCACUACUUUAACGCAUAAUCCAAAUUUGAAAAAAUCAUCAAUUGGCUCGAGGCAAUUCAGUGAAGAUACUGAUUAUUACAAUACAUCGCCUCUAAAGCAUCUGUAUCACAAUGACACAAGCUUAAUCAAGCCUGUCAGAAUGAAUCAAGUUUUGAUGAAUCCAGAGCUUUCCACCGAUGAAGAAGAUUAUGCAACACCGGAUAUCAAUGAAAUCUCUUCAAAAGGUUUGAUUCUUUCGAGCAAGCCUAUCGAGUCGCAUAACUCAUCAUCAUCUUUUUCGUCUUCUUCUUCCGGUGGUUACUCACCUCUGGAAGAUUUUGCCUCGAUGGCUAGUUCAGACUAUAGACCAUAUCCUUCAAUUGACUCAAUGUCUUCAAUUGAAAUGGCAAAUUACAACUAUCACCUACCCGUUUUCAACACAUUGCAUAGCUAUAGUGAAAAUCAUGAUGACGGUCAAAGUAUAGUGACUGACAUUCCAGGCGAUCAUAACAAUACCAUUAACAAUAAUUCCAACAGUAAUAACUCAACUGACACCCUGAUUAAUCCUGAUGCUAUCCCUAGGCCAUUGUCCUCUGUUUCAGCAGAACCUGUAUCAUUUACAAACUCCCAUCAAUAUGAAGGCUCAGACAUAAUUGCAUCGUCCGAUUCCAAGAGUAACACUCUAGAAGCUACAUCGGGAUUGAAAGAUCAAGAUUAUCAAGCUUUUCUCAGUUCCUAUUGUUUCCACACAUCACCGACAUCGAAAGGGCUUGAUCCCCGCUUCGAGAAUCCUCUUGGGUCAAAGACAUUUUUUGCUGCCCAGAUGUCGCAACCCGUGCCAGUCCCUCCUUCUGACCAAAUGUCCUGCGAAAGGGAUACAAAUGAUCAUACUAUGGGAUUGGAAACCUUAAGCACACCCCCACCUGUACUAUCUCAAGCUUCUUUCGAAGGGGUAUCCCGAAGUUAA